AUGCACUCGGCUUCCAGUAUGCUGGGAGCCGUGAAGAUGGAAGGGCACGAGCCGUCCGACUGGAGCAGCUACUACGCCGAGCCCGAGGGCUACUCCUCGGUGAGCAACAUGAACGCCGCCGGCCUGGGGAUGAACGGCAUGAAUACGUACAUGAGCAUGUCGGCGGCCGCCAUGGGCAGCGGCUCCGGCAACAUGAGCGCGGGUUCCAUGAACAUGUCAUCAUACGUGGGCGCAGGCAUGAGCCCGUCUCUAGCGGGCAUGUCCCCCGGUGCGGGCGCCAUGGCGGGCAUGGGCGGUUCGGCUGGAGCAGCUGGCGUGGCGGGCAUGGGACCGCACCUGAGUCCGAGCCUGAGCCCGCUGGGCGGGCAGGCGGCGGGGGCCAUGGGCGGUCUGGCCCCUUACGCCAACAUGAACUCCAUGAGCCCCAUGUACGGGCAGGCGGGUCUGAGCCGCGCGCGCGACCCUAAGACGUACCGGCGUAGCUACACGCACGCCAAGCCACCGUACUCCUACAUCUCGCUCAUCACCAUGGCCAUCCAGCAGAGCCCCAACAAGAUGCUGACGCUGAGCGAGAUCUACCAGUGGAUCAUGGACCUCUUUCCCUUCUAUCGGCAAAACCAGCAGCGCUGGCAGAACUCCAUCCGCCAUUCGCUCUCUUUCAACGACUGCUUCCUCAAGGUGCCUCGCUCACCCGACAAGCCCGGCAAGGGCUCCUUCUGGACCCUGCACCCCGAUUCCGGCAACAUGUUUGAGAACGGCUGCUACCUGCGCCGCCAGAAGCGCUUCAAGUGUGAGAAGCAGCUGGCACUGAAGGAAGCUGCUGGCGCUGGGGGCGGUGGCAAGAAGGCCACAGCCGGGACUCAAGCCUCCCAGGCUCAGCUAGGGGAGGUGGCCGGAUCCGCGUCGGAGACUCCCGCGGGCACUGAGUCACCUCACUCGAGCGCCUCCCCGUGCCAGGAGCACAAGCGAGGGGGUCUUGGGGAGCUGAAGGGGACGCCCGCUGGGGCACUGAGUCCUCCGGAGCCAGCGCCCUCGCCCGGGCAGCAGCAGCAGCAGGCUGCAGCCCACCUGCUGGGCCCACCCCACCACCCUGGCCUGCCGCCCGAGGCCCACCUCAAGCCCGAGCACCACUACGCCUUCAACCACCCUUUCUCCAUCAACAACCUCAUGUCCUCUGAGCAGCAACACCACCACAGUCACCACCACCACCAGUCCCAUAAAAUGGACCUCAAGGCGUAUGAACAGGUGAUGCACUAUCCUGGUUAUGGCUCCCCAAUGCCGGGCAGUCUGGCCAUGGGCCCUGUCACGAACAAAGGGGGCCUGGAUGCCUCACCACUGGCCGCAGACACUUCCUACUACCAGGGAGUGUACUCUCGGCCCAUUAUGAACUCCUCUUAA